AUGAAUUCUUCUAAACUCUCAUUGUUGUUCACUCUUUCCUUGAUCUUCAUUUCCUUUGCUCCUUUACCAAUAUUAGGCAUCAAUUUGUAUGAAACUGUAUGCAAAGAUGCUGGGAAGGACAAUGCUCGUUGCUUGAAUCUUCUAAAACAGUACCCUGAAAUAACUUCAGCCAAAAACUAUGUUGAACUUUGUAGGUCCAUACUUGAGAUGGCAAUAAAGAAGAGCACUGAAGGCCAGAAUUACCUUAAGGGAAUGAUGAAUAAAAACCCUUCACCAGCGAUCAAAGAAUGUGCAACCGUUGACUAUGAUGAGUUGGUUGGAUCGUUCAAAAGUUCUUUGGGUGAGUUGGUUGAAGAUCCAUCAACUGCAAACUAUGAUGCUAAAGUUGCUGGUGAUGGACCUGACACUUGUGAUAGGGCCUUGGCUCAGGCAAAGAUAGUUGAUCCUUCUAUUUCUACUCAAAAUAACGAUAUGAAGUUUCUUAGUAUUGUUGCAUUUCUAGCCACAAACCAUCUUCCCCAACGUCAUUCUUAA